AUGGCUAUAGAGCGUAUCCAAGAAUGCCCCGUGCUUGAACAGAUUGGACUGGAUCACCCGAGGACUCGGCGCGAAGUCAGGAACUUGCUCAUCUUGCUCAUCGACUUCGUCUUCAACAGGAGGUCGGAGUUUGACGUGAAAGUAGCGUUUCGAGCAUCGGGAAUUACCGAGCGUACCUCAUCUUCUCCCGCCAUCUGCUGGUCGCCCAACAGACUGCGCUGCUUUGCGCACUCCAGCGACUGGAAGACCCUCUCCUCUAUAGUGUUACUCAACCUGACUCCCAAGGGCCUCAUCAACGACGACGGAAACUACAUCCUGCAGCAGGACGACAUGUACGGCCUGCUCAAGUACAUUUGGGCCGGACUGUUGCUCCCCGUGUCGGAGAGCGAGUACAUAAUGCGGCUUAGCUUAUCGCAGGAGACCAUAGGCCUCGUCGACGCUGCCCUCCCACCGCUGAUCGGGGCCUACGUAGUCGCUCAGCAGCAUUGCGAGACGUUCAGAACCACCACGUAUCCCAGCAUAACCGGCAUUGCUGCCGAUGUCUUCGACUAUGCCCAGAUCGUCUCCGGUCAGGGGACCUCGCCGUACUGGGCUUACGCCAACCUUAUCGAGACCAUCAAAGCCCUAUCCUUCACGACGUCGGAUGAGGAGAUCGCCGCUCUGCAAAAGACCGUCAGCAACAUCGUCAGCUACCUCACGACGGCUGCUAGCGACAUCGAGAAGAAGCUGCAGACGGCGGUCGACAACCUGCGCGCCUUCGAGCAGACCACGAUGGAGGAUAAGCAGAACAUUCAGCGAUACCAGUCCGCCAUUGUCGAGCUACUUCAGACCGAGCAGGGCGACAUCCAGAACUUGCAGGUGAAGCUCAAGGGGUAUCAAGACCAGCUCAAGACCGACGAGGCUGCUUAUGAGCACGACCUCGUUCUCGCUUGCUCCAGGCCAAGCUUUUCGUGGAUCCCGUUCAUUGGCAUUUUCGCAGCGUCCAUCGUGGCCAGUAUCUACGGCGAGAAGGCGUCUGCGAUGGCCAAUGUCAUCGGCAGUAUCAGGGAGCUCAUCUACGACACGGAGGGCGAGAUAAUCGACGAGAAGGGCAUUGCAGCGAACCUCGCUGCCAUCGAGUCGGACGUGGACAGCCUUCUCGCGACCAUGGACCCCGCUAUCACCACUGUCGAGAAGAUGAUGGGUAUCUGGCAGUCCAUCGGCAGCGAUUUGGCCAGUCUGCAGCAGAUGGCGACGUCGGAUGCCGGCGUCGCGAAUGCAGCCGUUGCCGAGAUUUUGGGCGAAAAGCUGACAGAGAGGUGGGCUGACCUUGCGGUGGCUGUGAGCAAAUAUCAGCAGGCCGCUGCGAUCACCGACGCUCAUAUGGUCACCCUCGAAGAGCUUGCGGACCAGCUCAGCGGCCGCGUCAUCAUCUAG